CGAGUCCCUCCAUCACUGGCUGGAUCCGAGCCCAGCCUCUUCUCUCAUUGGACUGCGCAGGCGAGCCAAAGUGUCAGCCCAUGUGGCGUGGCCAGCACGAUGUGAGACAUUUAAAUCCACCAGAGAAGAGAGGAGGAAGCCGUGAAGGAAGCGUUCUCCUCACACACACUGGAAACCACGGGGACGGACACACACGUCUGCAGCUACACAACAGGAGCACCGCCGUAACUCAGCAUGGAUGAGAUCGUCAUAGCAGGGAUCUCGGGCCGUCUGCCCGAGUCCAACAAUCUGGAGGAAUUCUGGGAAAACCUCAUCAGUGGCGUAGACAUGGUGACGGAGGACAACCGGCGGUGGACACCAGGUCUGCACGGCCUUCCAAAAAGGAACGGUAAGCUGAAGGACAUCAGCCACUUCGAUGCAGCCUUCUUCGGGGUCCACCCCAAACAGGCCAACACCAUGGACCCCCAGCUGCGUCUGAUGUUGGAGGUCGCCUACGAGGCCAUCGUGGAUGGAGGCUCUAACCCGGCCGCACUGCGCGGCAGUAAGACUGGCGUCUACAUCGGCGUGAGCGGCUCAGAGGCCGGCGAGGCUCUCAGCAGAGAUCCAGAGGAGCUGCUGGGCUACAGCAUGACGGGCUGUCAGCGUGCCAUGCUGGCCAACCGACUGUCCUAUUUCUUCGACUUCAGCGGCCCCAGCACGGCAAUCGACACAGCAUGCUCCUCCAGCCUGCUGGCUUUAGAAAACGCCUUCCAUGCCAUUCGUCAGGGCCACUGUGAUGCCGCUCUGGUGGGGGGGGUUAACCUGUUGCUCAAGCCCAACACCUCUGUGCAGUUCAUGAAGCUGGGCAUGCUCAGUCCUGAGGGGACCUGCAAGUCCUUUGACUCAUCAGGAAAUGGGUACUGCCGCUCUGAGGCUGCAGUGGCGGUGCUGCUGACCAAGCGGUCGGCAGCUAAACGGGUCUACGCCACAGUGGUCAACGCUGGAAACAAUACAGACGGAUACAAAGAGCAGGGUGUCACGUUCCCUUCAGGUGAGAUGCAGCAGAGGCUGGUUCGUGCUUUGUACCAGGAGGUGAACAUAUCUCCAGAGCAGGUGGAAUAUGUGGAAGCCCACGGCACAGGAACCAAGGUGGGUGACCCACAGGAAGUGAACGGCAUCGUCAGUGUCUUCUGUGAGUCGGAGAGAGAGCCUCUACUCCUGGGCUCCACCAAGUCCAACAUGGGCCACCCCGAACCGGCCUCUGGCCUGGCUGCUGUGGCGAAGGUUUUGCUGUCUUUGGAGAGAGGAGUCUGGGCUCCCAACCUGCACUUCAACUCUCCUAACCCCGACAUCCCAGCCCUCUCUGAUGGGCGGGUCCAGGUCGUGGACCGGCCUAUCCCCGUCCGAGGCGGCAUCGUAGGCAUCAACUCCUUUGGUUUUGGAGGUUCAAACGUUCAUGUGAUCCUUCGGCCAGCAGAGAAACAGACUGGCGCGACCACACCCCCCAGGACCAUUCCCAGACUGCUCCAGGCCUGUGGGCGCACUGAGGCUGCAGUGGAGGCCUUGCUCCAGAAGGGGCAGGAGCACACGACAGAUGACAGCUUCCUGUCUUUGCUGAAUGAGCUUUCAGGAGCCCCUCUUGCAGGCAUGCCCUACCGAGGCUACGCUCUGAUUGGCUCGCAGAGCGACGUCAGGGAGGUGCAGCAGGUGCAGGCCUCCGCCAGGCCUCUCUGGUACGUCUGUUCAGGCAUGGGAACCCAAUGGGCCGGUAUGGGCCGCAGUCUGAUGCAGCUGCCAGACUUCAGAGAAUCCGUCCUGCGGUCAGACGCAGCCCUGAAGGACACUGGCCUGGUUGUUUCCCGCCUACUCAUGGAUGCAGAUGAAGCCACCUUUGAGGACACCGUUCAUGCCUUUGUUGGUCUCGCUGCCAUACAGAUAGCGCAGAUCGACCUGCUCAGUAAGCUGGGUCUGCAGCCCGACGGCAUCGUGGGCCACUCUGUGGGGGAGCUGGCCUGUGGGUAUGCCGACGGCUCCCUCAGCCACGCCGAGGCUGUGCUGGCCGCCUACUGGAGAGGCCGCUGCAUCAAGGAGGCCAAUCUCCCUCCAGGAGGCAUGGCCGCUGUGGGGUUGACCUGGAAGGAGUGCAUGGCUCAGUGUCCCAUGGGAGUUGUCCCAGCCUGCCACAACUCUGAAGACACAGUCACCAUCUCCGGUCCUCAGGAAGCAAUCAGUACAUUUGUGUCCAAGCUGAAGGAGCAGGGAGUGUUUGCAAAGGAGGUACGCAGCGCUGGCGUGGCCUUUCACUCCCACUACAUGGCCUCCAUCGCUCCCACCCUGCUGGCCGCCCUGAAGAAGGUGAUCAAGGAGCCCCGCCUGCGUUCCCCCCGCUGGAUGAGCACCAGCAUCCCUCAGUCCCAAUGGGACUCUCCCUUGGCUCAGUACAGCUCUGCCGACUACCACGUCAACAACCUGGUGAGCCCCGUGCUGUUCCACGAGGGCCUCGGCCUUGUGCCUGACAACGCUGUGGUGCUGGAAAUCGCUCCUCAUGCUCUGCUGCAGGCCAUCCUGAAGCGUAGCUUGAAACAUACCUGCUCCAUCCUGCCUUUGAUGAAGAGGGGCCACACCAACAACCUUGAGUUCUUCCUGUCAAACAUUGGCAAAGUCUACAUGAGCGGCAUCGGCAUGGAUUGCAACGUCCUCUGCCCAGGGGUGAAGUACCCAGUGCCGGUCGGUACUCCUCUGAUCUCCCCCUUGGUGCAGUGGGACCAUGCGCAAACCUGGGAUGUCCCCAAAGCAGAGGAUUUUGCCUGUGGCUCAGCGGGAUCCAAUUCAGCGACAGUCUAUAACAUCGACAUUAACCCAGAGUCUCCAGACUACUACCUGAUUGGACACUGCAUCGAUGGGCGUGUCCUGUAUCCAGCAACGGGUUACCUGGUACUGGCCUGGCGUACCUUGGUGAGAAGUCUGGGGGUCGUCAUGGACAGCACUCCCAUAGCCUUUGAGGACGUCACCAUCCACAGGGCUACCAUCCUGCCAAAGAGCGGCUCUGUCCAGUUAAAGGUGCACCUCAUGCCCGCCACCAACAGGUUUGAGGUUUCAGAGAAUGGAAACCUGUCUGUCAGUGGUAAGGUGAGCAUCCUGGAGGACGCAGGCCUUGAUUCCUUCCACAGUCAGAUAAGUCAGAAAGCUGCCGACAGCGACGAUGAUCCCAAAAUGAAACUCACAACGCACGAUAUCUACAAAGAGCUGCGACUGCGCGGCUACGACUAUGGAAAGACCUUCCAAGGCAUCCUGGAGUCCAACAAUGCAGGAGACUUCGGCAAACUGCAGUGGUCAGGAAACUGGGUGACCUUUCUGGACACCAUGCUGCAGAUGAUUGUGGUUGGGCUGUCGGGUCGUAGUCUGCGUCUCCCUACCAGGAUCCGCUCGGUGUGCGUUGAUCCAGCUGUUCACCUGGAGAAGGUCUGCCAGCACGCUGAUGGAAAGCAAGCUAUGGAUGUGCACGUAAACCGCUGCCUCGACAGCAUUGUUGCUGGGGGAGUCCAGAUCUGCGGUCUUCAUGCCACUGUGGCCCCCCGUCGACAGCAGCAGCAGAGCCCCCCCACCCUGGAGGAGUUUGUGUUUGUUCCCUAUGUGGACACUGAGUGCCUGACAGACGAUGGGAACCUUGCAGAGCAGCUGAGGCUCUGUAAAGGUUUGACCAAACGACUGCAGAAAAAGUUUGCUUCCCGCGGGGUCAAGCUGUCCAUCCCUGGACUACAGGGGGAGUCAGACGACCCGCUCCCCAGCUCUGAGCCCUCGCAGCCCGGCCUGGUGCGCCUGCUGGCCCUGCUGUGCGGCCUGGAGCUGAACGGAAACCUCCAAUCCGAGCUGGAACAGACUGUUGAGAAGGAGAGGGCGUGUCUGCUGCAGGACGGCCUGCUGCAGGGCCUGCUGGACAGCCCGGCCUUGAGACACUGCCUGGACACCACCUUAGAAAACAGCACACCUGGCAAGAUCAAAAUCCUGGAGGCUCUCUCCAAUGAGGGCCAGCUCUUUUCCCGCAUGGUAGCGCUCCUAAACAUCCAGCCCAUGCUGCGUGUGGACUACACCGCCACGGCGACCAACCUGGACCUUCUGACCCCUCACCAGGCCACCCUGGAACAGUUGGCCAUCUCAUCAGCUCAGUGGGACCCCAUGACGGGCCCGGCUCCUGGAGGUGUGGUGGAGGGGGCAGACCUUGUGGUGUGUAACCACGCCUGGGGCCCUCUAAGGACGGACCCCAGGCUCUUGAUGGACCAUCUGGCUUCUGGAGCCAAAACAGGGGGCUUUGUUCUCCUGCACACGCUGCUCAGGGGAGAGACUCUGGGGGAAACCGUUGCUUUCCUCUCGAACACCACUCAGAGCAGCAACCAGCGAGGAUUGCUCACACAGGCUGAGUGGGAGAAGGUGUUCUCCGAAGCCUCCCUCAACCUGGUGGCUGUCAGGAAGUCCUUCUAUGGCUCCGCUCUCUUUCUGUGCCGCUGCAGGUCAUCAAGCAAGCGGCCUGCUUUCCUUCCUGUGGAUGGCAGCGACUACCAGUGGGUGGAAACGCUCAAGGAGAAGAUGGCAGAGUCUGACAGUCCAGUGUGGUUGACUGCUUCUAAAUCCCACUGCGGCAUUGUGGGAAUGGUCAAUUGUCUACGGCAGGAGCCAGGUGGCAACCGAAUACACUGUGCAUUUGUGUCGAAUCUGAACGCGGGUUCAUCAGCACCGAUCCUCCAGCCGGCCCAUGUGUCCAUGCAGUCUGUGCUGGACGGGGACCUGGUCAUGAAUGUGUUCAGGGAUGGGCGCUGGGGCGUCUUCAGGCAUCAGCUCAUCACUCAAGAUUUGAAUGAAGAACUGACUGAGCAGGCUUACGUCAACGUGUUGACUAGAGGUGACCUCUCAUCUCUCCGCUGGAUCGCCUCCCCGCUGCGCCACUUUGUGACCAGCAACCCCAAUGUGCAACUGUGCCGCGUCUACUACAGCUCACUCAACUUCCGGGAUGUGAUGCUGGCCACCGGCAAACUGCCCCCAGAUGCCAUUCCAGGGGACCUAGCUCUGCAGCAGUGCAUGUUGGGUAUGGAGUUUUCCGGCCGUGACCCCAUGGGUCAGCGUGUGAUGGGGCUGCUGCCUGCCAGAGGCCUGGCUACGAGUGUUGAUGCUGACAAACGCUUCCUAUGGGCCGUUCCCUCCAGCUGGACCCUCGAGCAGGCAGCCUCGGUCCCGGUGGUCUACGCCACGGCUUACUACUCACUGGUGGUGCGUGGCAGGCUCCGCCCCGGAGAGACUGUUCUCAUCCACUCAGGGUCGGGGGGUGUCGGCCAGGCUGCCAUCGCCAUAGCACUCAGCAAGGACUGUAAAGUCUUCACCACUGUUGGCUCAGUGGAGAAGCGGGCUUACCUCCAGGAAAGGUUCCCUCGGCUCUCAGCAGAGUCCUUCGCUAACUCGAGAGACUCGUCUUUUGAACAGCACAUCCUGCUCCACACACAGGGCAAAGGUGUGGAUGUGGUGCUGAACUCUCUGGCCGAGGAGAAGCUACAUGCUAGCAUUCGCUGCCUGGCCAGACACGGACGAUUCCUGGAGAUCGGCAAAUUUGACUUGUCCAACAACUCCCCUCUGGGCAUGGCGCUGUUCCUGAAGAACGUGGCAUUCCAUGGCAUCUUGCUGGAUGCUCUCUUUGAGGAGGGCAACCAGGAGUGGGAGGAAGUGUCCCAGCUGUUGAAGGAAGGCAUUUUGGGAGGUGUAGUCCAGCCUCUAAAGACCACAGUGUUUGAGAGGGACCAAGUGGAGGAAGCGUUCCGAUACAUGGCUCAGGGCAAACACAUUGGAAAGGUUCUCCUGCAGGUUUGUCACGAGGAGAGCGGCUCCUCAGCCCAAACUGCUCCCACAAAGUCUUUUCUGGCAAUCUGCCGCACCUUCUGCCCCCCCUCCCACGCCUAUAUCAUCACCGGUGGACUGGGGGGCUUUGGCCUGGAGCUUGCCCAAUGGCUGACGGAGAGAGGAGCGCGCAAACUAGUGCUCACCUCCAGGUCCGGCAUCAAGAACGGUUACCAGGCGAAGCGAGUGCGUGAAUGGCAGAGUCGAGAUGUGGAGGUGCUGGUGUCGACCAAUGAUGUCAGCACGCUGGAAGGAACACAGCGACUCAUCACUGAGGCCAGCUCACUGGGCCCAGUGGGCGGUGUCUUCCACCUCGCCAUGGUGUUGAAAGACGGCAUGCUGGAGAAUCUGACUCCUCAGCUUUUCCUGGAUGUAAAUAAACCUAAAUAUGAUGGCACCAUAAACCUGGACAAAGCUACAAGAGACUUGUGUCCCGACCUCGGCCAUUUCGUGGCCUUCUCCUCAGUCAGCUGUGGCCGUGGCAACGCUGGCCAGAGUAACUAUGGUUACGCCAAUUCCGCCAUGGAGCGCGUGUGUGAGCAGCGCCGCUACGAUGGCUUACCUGGACUUGCGGUGCAGUGGGGGGCCAUUGGUGAUGUGGGCGUGGUGCUGGAGACCAUGGGGGGCAACGACGCAGUGAUUGGCGGCACCCUUCCACAGCGCAUCACUUCCUGCCUGGAGGUGCUCGACCUCUUCCUCUGUCAGCAGCGGCCGGUGAUGUCGAGCUUCGUUCUGGCAGAGAGGGCGGCGGUGAAGAGCGAGGCGGGGAGCCGCAGGGACCUGGUGGACGCUGUAGCCCACAUCCUUGGCGUGCAGGACGUGAGCAGCCUGAACGCUGACUCCUCCUUGGCCGACCUGGGCCUGGACUCCCUGAUGGGUGUUGAGGUUCGCCAGACUCUGGAGCGCGACUACGACAUCGUCAUGGCCAUGAGGGACAUUCGGCAGGUCACCAUCAACAAGCUGCGCGAGCUGGCCAGCAGCAAGCCAGGCAGACUGGACGAAGGUCAUAGCGCUGCAGCGAAGAGGAACGCUGUCCGCUCGUUGCUGGAGUCUGAUCUGACCUUCCUGUUGGUCGACCCCAGCGGCCCCACAGUGGCGCCACUCAACCAUGUCCAGGGCCGGGAGAGGCCUCUCUUCCUGGUCCAUCCUAUCGAGGGCUCCAUCUCCGCCUUCAGGACUCUCGCCUCCAGGCUGAGUGUGCCUUGCUACGGCCUGCAGUGCACCCAGGCUGCUCCUCUGGAAAGCAUCCAGUCCCUGGCAGCCUACUACGUGCACUGUGUCAGGGAGGUCCAGCCGGACGGGCCCUACCGCAUCGCCGGCUACUCCUUUGGUGCAUGUGUGGCGUUUGAGAUGUGCUCUCAGCUGCAGACACAGAAUCUGACUGUGGAGAACCUCUUCCUGUUUGAUGGUUCCCACUCGUAUGUGGCAGCGUACACACAGAGCUACCGGGCCAAGCUGACACCAGGCAACGAGUCUGAGGCUGAGACCGAAGCGCUAUGUGCCUUCAUCCAGCAGUUCACAAGCAUCGCAUACAACAAGCUCCUGGAAACGCUUCUCCCGCUGCCCGACCUCUUGGGCCGGGUCAACGCUGCGGUGGACCUCAUUGCCUCCACCCACCAGAACAUCAGCCGAGACUCGCUGCACUUUGCAGCCACCACCUUCUACUACAAGCUGAAGGCCGCUGACGGCUACGUGCCGGGGUCCAAACUGCAUGGCAACGUGGCGCUACUGCGCGCCAAAACCAGCAGCGAAUACGAACAGAGCCUGGGAGCUGACUACAAGCUCAGCGAGGUCUGCGAUGGUGAGCUGUCGGUCCACGUCAUUGAGGGAGACCACCGCACUUUCCUGGAAGGGGAGGGGGCGGAGUCCAUCUGCAGCAUCAUCCACAGCUCAUUGGCUGAGCCUGGGCUCACAGCGAGGGAGUUAGAGGCUAGCUCACCUUCCACUAUCUGACCAAUACCGCGACAAUAAUACACAGCAUGUGUGCCAUCUUCUCCGAUAUCCCAAAUGCACCUUACUGCACCUUUUUUUUAAUCUUAUUUUGUUCUACUUGUCCAUUGCAGCAGCUAUCUAAGCUCUUAGCUGACGUCUGCUUGUGUCUUAAAGGACACUUCUGGCUCAUUCUCUUACAUUCCGCCUCAAUUUGGAUUGUAGUAGGAAUCCAAUUUGAAGCAAAAAUCUCUCUACCCAAGAGUCCGUUUUAGUCCCACGAGUCAUUGUUUAGGAAAUGCAACUUUUUUCACUAUUUAAAUGGACAUUAUUUAUUAGAUAAUGCAGAUGUUUUACUUUUCCUAUCCCACAACGUAAAUUCUCACCUGCAUGUUUGCGAACAAAUCUUUCACAUCUAAAGACUGCAUGAACACAUGACUAAGAGCCUGUAACGUACACGUAGCAAGCGGUUACUCGUGUAGCUCUGGAGACCUAUGCAGCGAGCAGGCCAAGGUGACUCAAACUAUUCAAACCAAUAAGAGCAGAAGGCCCAAUACGUUACUGUACGGAGAAGCACACAGUGUUAGAAGACAACUGUGCAUGUUGUGUAAGCCUGUAAGUCGUUGUAAAACGGUUUCUCAAUCCUUUAAUUGGCUGCAGAUCACCAGGUGAGCAGAACAAAUACACAAAGUAUGUAUCGGCAGGGACGAGCUGGUACGAGCCGCCAGGUGCUACCAGGCGUUUGUUACAGGGCCCUCUGUUGGCAUCCAUUUAAAAACAUGAGGGUUUUUCUGACCAAUUCAGUGAUUACUUUGAGCAAUUAUUAACCUGUGUGGACUGUUUAGUCUUACAAAGAAUGUCCCACCCUAACAUAGCUAUGCUAUCCUACAUUAUUUUCUAACUCCUGUUCAGCUAUGUACAAACAGUGUACUGUUAAGUCCAACAGCUGCUUAAGUUCUACUUAAAAUUACACGUUUAUGUCCUUUAACACCAAAAGCUCUGCUUUUGCACACACAUACCUGUCAGACUGCCAUGUAAAAUGAAUCCUGAACUAGCACAGUUGCAUUAGUUGACCUGACUGCAUUGGUAAUCAUUCAGUUUAUUUUAAUCAAAUAUUUAUUAUUGGUUUAUUUUGUGGUGAAAUCCCAGGGUGUUUUUAUAUUUUAUAUAUUUUGCCCCAAAGCGAGCUGUAGUCCCGCUGGUAUGCUGAGCUAAAUUAAAAUCUAAAACACAGUCAUUGUGAUUCAUGUGGUGGUUUUCAUGAUGAAGUAUAUGAGUAAAGUUACAGAAUGACCUAUAGGCCAUAAACAUGUAUACAAUGGAUGUUUAAAGGACACGGAGAUUCUCUUUUGUUUUUGAAGUUGAAAGAAUGAUCAAUUUCCUAAAAUUUCCCUGGUACUAAUUGUUAUUGUUUGCAACCAACUGUUAAUGUUUAUACAGCACUAAUUUAACCAGCUUUUCUAGAAAGCUGCAGUGCUUCGUCCGGUUCAUAAGGACGCGUUCCCACUGGUGGGGGCUCACAGUCCUUUGAGUCUGAUUCCAUGUCAUGUGACAGGAGAAAGAGGUCAUGCCCAUUGCUCCCAGGUAGGAAACCUGGCGUGUGUGAGAACACAAGGUGUUGUGAGGGGGAGACCUGGUGACCGGCACCUUGCUGACUUACACCCACUCUGAUGCACUCAACAGGUGUGUAACAUAAACGUGGCUUCUAUUGUCACAUCCUUCCCAGAAUCCGCAUUUACGUUGUGAGUGAGCACCAAGUGUGUGGACGUAACUGAUGUAGCUGUCUCUGACUUCAAUGAUCCUCACUACAGCAGCCCCUACACCCUGAGACGUUCCUCUGGUCUAUGAAGGGGGGCUGGCUGCUUGUAGUGAAAAGGAGAUGGAAGGGACAGUAUACUCCUCUCUUGUAUUGUGAUACUUCCAGUAUGUAUUGUUUUUGACUAAUAAAGGUAUUUUGCUGAUCCCUUCA